AUGGUUUGGGACCAUGGAAAGCCACUCCUGAACGUGGUCACUCGCGGUUUGGUCGAAUGUAAUGAUGGGAAUUCAGGAAUCCUCUGUGACCAAUCCAAACAUCUCGAGUUUGAACCACCUCUAUGUACAGUGACAUUUAUCAUCGGAUUUACGGGGUGUGUCGGUGCACUCAGGGAAAAUACGUGCCUCCUAGCAGCAUAUGCCAUAUUUUUGGCGUUAUUAUUGCUAAUGGAGAUGACUGCCGGUGUUUUAGGCUUCAUCUUUAAAGACUGGUUACAAUGUUGUGGUAUCGAGGGUCCAAAGGAUUGGGAUCGUAAUAAUUAUUUCAAUUGUUCGUCGAGUGACAUCGGUUCAAGGGAAGCUUGCGGUGUGCCUUUCAGUUGCUGCAAAAGGAAACCAAACGAAAUUAUAAAAAACAAGCAGUGCGGUUACGACGUUAGGAAACCUAGCUACAACUUUGAGGUCGCCAAAGUGAUUUACGAGAAGGGAUGCGUUCAAGCAGGAGAAGAAUGGAUGGAACGAAAUCUUCUUCCAAUUGCAAGUGGCGCGGUUGUUACUGCAUUUGCACAGAUUUUGGGAAUUUGCUUCGCACAAAAUCUACGAGCGGAUAUAUUCGCCCAAAAGGCAAAAUGGCAUUGACAAUCAAGAGCCCCCACGGCAGUCUAGCAUCUUUUAAUUAAAAGAUGCUGAUCGCCCACGUCGAUCGAAAUUUUAACAUACCAAUCAACGUAUUCAAUCCUCGAUAAUGCGAACUAACGAAUGAAGAAUAAGAUCAAGAUGAAGAAAAAGAAGAAAAAGGAUCCUCGUAAAACAACAACAACAACAACAACAACAACAGCAAGUAACAUCGUUAAAGAAAAAAUACAAACACCAUUUACCAUAAUUGUAAAACAUUUGAGUAAUAUUUUAUACAUCGAAUAACAAAUUUUGUCUUCUAUUCUCAAUUUACAUUUGCUAUGAUAUAAUAUUU